CCUGACUCCAGCCAGAAGGCUUGGCAACGAAAAAGUCCAGCCUCCAGCCUUUCCAUAUUAUCAGGAUUCAGGGCACCCGGGACCCGAGUCCUUGGACAUUCUUCAGCCUAUCUGGCCUGACCUCCGACUUUCACAAACACACCAAAUAAACUACGUAUACACAACGUCGGCCGGGCACGCGACCCGGGACACUCGGGGUCUUCAGUACUGCUCGUUGUUGGAUUUCUUCACCUGUUCUCUUCGACUAUACGAGGCUCAUCUCGCUCGCAAACAGCAACCGUUUCAACUUGCUCGUUAACGACACCGACUCCACCGGCCCUCUCAAAACUCCGUCAAUCACUGCGUCUCCAUCAGACGAUCCGGGUCGCCUUAUUCCCCGUCUCUAAGCCCCGUCUCUAAGGUCGAGCUUACAAUUACACAACUCUCGCAAACCCCUUUUUGGUUUUUGACAGUCGACGUUUAUCUACAAAGCCUUUGUUGUGCUGUGUUCUUUCGUUUUGUUUAGUUUACCAACCACGUACUUUCACCGCGUCCUGUCGGCCUUUCAGAAAUAAACGCCGAACCUUUUACUAGCUUUGGGUCUAGCCAUUCACGCCUGCGGAGCCGCGCUUCAGAUCUGGCCGUCCUUCUUCAAGCGGUUUUGGACUUGUUGAGUUGGCGGUAACGCUACGUCUCGGGUCGACGACAUCCCUGGCCGCCCUUCUUCCCUGGAUCGCAUCUCUCCUUGACUGGGUACGGAAUUCAGUGUUUUCCUCACUGGCUUAUGCUGUGUUCCUUCACAACGGCAAAGACUGCCUCAUCCAUACAUAGUCGCAACGUGUCGCCUGAGCAGCAACCAAAGAACGGCAUCUCUUGCUCCUCCACACCGGCGAUUCUGCGUCGUCGUGGGCUUUCCUCCGCGCAGCCAUGGAUCAAGCUGCGCAAAUACUCGAAGUGGCGCAUCAUGUAUACGCUCGUGCAGAUGAUGCUGCGGACCUGCAUGCCACUCGACCGCCCUCCUACAAAAUCAUCGGCAUCCUUCUCGCCGUCGGUUCCGGCUUCUUUAUCGGUACCUCCUUCGUAGUCAAGAAGAUGGGCUUGCUAAAAGCCAACGAGAAGUACAACGAGGUGGCCGGCGAGGGUUACGGAUACCUCAAGAACGCUUGGUGGUGGGCGGGCAUGAUCCUCAUGCUGAUAGGGGAGCUUUUGAACUUUGCCGCUUACAUGUUCGUGGACGCCAUUUUGGUCACCCCUCUCGGCGCCCUCUCCGUCGUCGUCGCUACUGUCGGAUCCGCCAUAGUUCUCAAGGAACGCCUGAGUAUGAUCGGCAAGGUUUCUUGUUUUCUGUGCAUUGUCGGCUCCGUCGUCAUUGUCCUGAACGCACCACAAGAGUCCGCUGUCGCCAACAUUCAGCAGUUUCAGCAAUUCGUCGUCACGCCAAGCUUUCUGUCAUAUGCCGGUGUCAUUGUUCUGGGCGCAGUAAUUGCGGCUUGGUAUGCUGGCCCCAGAUGGGGAAAUAAGAACAUGUUGGUGUACAUCUCCAUCUGCAGUUGGAUUGGUGGUCUCAGUGUCGUCUCUACUCAGGGCUUGGGUUCGGCCAUCGUUGCCCAGGCCGGAGGUGAGGCACAAUUCAAGGGAUGGUUCAUCUACAUUGUUAUUAUCUUUUUCAUUGCCAGUCUUCUGACUGAGCUAAUUUACUUGAACAAAGCGCUGAACUUGUUCAAUGCCGCCAUGGUCACCCCAACCUAUUACGUGUACUUCACUAGCACGACCAUCAUUACUUCGGCCGUCCUGUUCAAGGGCUUCAAGGGCACCGCUGUCUCGAUUGUCACUGUGGUCUUCGGUUUCCUGACGAUUUGUUCUGGUGUCGUUCUACUCCAGCUAUCCAAAUCCGCCAAAGAUGUGCCCGAUGCCGCUGUCCUCUCUGGAGACCUGGACCAGAUUCGCACAGUCGCAGAGCAGGAACAGCCCGAAACCGAGCCAAAGGCCGACGCCCUCAGAGGUGCCGCUGCGAUUGUCAGACGUUUAUCGUCGGCCAAGCAGCAGAAGAUGGAGAUGGAAGAACUGAAGCGAUUACACGAAGAAAAGAUGAGGGAAGCACUUGAGACAGUUGGCGAGGACGGUCCUGUGUACGAAUGGGAUGGGCUAAGGCGGAGAAAGACGGUAUUGGGAAGCAACUCGGCAAGUCAGCGAUCAAGAGCUGCGACCUCGGCAACGUUUCAACUUCCGAUGCCGACACCACACCCGCCCCUCGGAUGGUCGCAUUUCCCGACCGAGGAAGAGCUUGCUGCAGCCGCUAGACCCGCUUCACCUGCCCUCUCUAGUAUUGUCGGCACUAUCCGCAACCGAGCGCGCAGCGUCCUCCUCCCUGGCCACCCGAACUUUCGCCCCACUUCAGCAUCCAACAAGGUGCAAAGUCCUAUGCACCCCGUUCAGCUGACCGAGAUCGCAGUACCGGCGCAAGACUUUGACGAGGAAACAGGGUAUUACCCACCAGGAUCCGCUGCCGGGCCCUCCUCAAAGGGAUAUAUGUACGACAGACCAGGAAGCAGAGGUAGUAUCUCCAGUUCCGCGCGUCGAGUACAAUUUUCUACCGAUGCCAACCACCCAUCUAGCAGCACGCUCGCCGCUCCUCUAGCUCCUCCUCCCCUACGAACACCAACGGGCGCCACCAGGCAGUUUUCCUUCCAGAGCGUCUUCAAGCGCGGCGAUCGACGCAGCCAGCACACCCACACGCAAAGCGACGGCGCCAACUCGCACAAAUCCUCUCACUCCUCCGACAAGCAGGACAGAGAUAAGCUGACCACUCACCGCGGCCUCUCCACGCCACACAUAAGACGGGGCGCAUCCGAGGAGGAGACGUUAGGGCUCGUCAGGGGCGACUCGCGCGAUUUCCGGACCACGCCGCGCACAUCGAAGCAUUAUGACGACGACGAUGGUGACGACGGGUCCGAAGAGUUUGAGGAGGUCGGGCGGUAUAUGGACGAGAAGCAAUCGCGGUAUGGCCCAAGCAUCACGCAUAGUCCGCCGCGUGCUCCAGGAGUAACCGGAGUAAGAGGGGGUACAGAACAACAAUAUCCCGGUGGGGAAGAGGAGGAUGUAAAAAAGGAGUAUACUGAGCAUAUGGAAAGUGGUGGACAGGGUCAAUCACAGGGACAGGGACAGCAGCACAGGUCAUCAAGGAGCGACAUUAAUUCGUACCGGGAACGUUUGAGAAGAAUCAGGGAGCAUGAACGUCACAGCGACAACAACGGCAGUGGGUCGGGUCCGUCGUCACCUUCGAAGUCGAGUUCGAAUCGUGGAGACGGUGGAGGUUUCAUCUGAUCUGCUUUGACUCCGCUACGCGUUGAGCUAAACCCAACAAAGGACGGAGGGAAACGACUGCGGGUUGGGAUCGGCCGGGAUCAAACGAGACGAGAGGGACGGAGUACGACAACAGCGGCAGCGGGAAAGGAACAAAGCACCUUUUUGGUUGAUACCCCCCAUUGAGACGGAACGAAACGACACGAGUAACGAAGGCUCGCUUAUAUGUCUGCAUACAUAUUCUUACUUUCUUGAUUAUGAUAUCUCACCACCUUUGUACACGAUCCAUGCAUUCAUGCCUACAGCGCCUUGUACAUGUGGCCGUACGUCGGUCGGUCGGAGCUUAUAUAGCUGGCAUGGGUGGGACUAUCUUACGAUGGAGCAAGGCAGGGAGGGUUGGGGGAAAGGGUUUAUGAUGUAUGAGAUUAUGACAUGUUUAUCUCUCGGUUAUGGAUGUGGAAAAAGGGUCGGCUUUUUCUUACAUGUGAUAUAGCACAUACGGAGGGUUGUUGUUCCUGUUCGGGUUAUUAAAAGACUAGCAAAUCAACUCGGGCCGGCAUGAAACCGAUGUAGAGGUGAAAUACCGAGUUUUUCUUCAGCGUGUACGGAAAGCAACCACGAUCAG